AUGCGUCGUGUUGGGCGGUGCGGGUGCACGGCCGAGCAUCUUCGUCAGGAAGGGUACCAACCAAUAGGCGGCGGUUGCUCUGUCUCCGGGGGCGUGGCCAUGCAGAUAAGGCGCCGGUGGGCGGCCCAAUGGGCGGGCGUCUAUGUAGAUGAGACGGUGACAGCCCGGCCAGCGGGCGGGCGGGCAGGCUGGCUGCUGGGGCGGGGAGGGGACCAGUCAGCAGAGGACUGGGGCCUUUCUGACCAUCUGCACUCCCCAUGCCCUCAGGAGGCCCUGCCUGGGCUCAUCUGGGACCUGGGCCAGCAGCUGGGAGACCUGAGCCUGGAAUCUGGGGGCCUGGAACAGGAGAGUGGGCGCAGCUCAGGCUUCUAUGAAGACCCCAGCUCCACAGGAGUCCCAGACUCACCACCCUCGACCUUCUGUGGAGACAGUGGCUUCUCCGGAUCUGGCUCCUAUGGACGCCUAGGUCCCUCUGAACCCCGGGGUAUCUAUGCCAGCGAGAGGCCCAAGUCUCUAGGAGAUGCCAGUCCUAGCGCUCCGGAGGCUGUGGGCGCUCGGGCAGCGGUGCCGCGGUCCUUCUCGGCGCCCUACCCGACGGCAGCGGGGUCUGCGGCUCCUCGGCGUCGUCUGCUCUACGGCUGCGCGGGCAGCGACUCGGAGUGCUCGGCCGGGCGCCUGGGGCCUCUCGGACGCCGUGGGCCUCCAGGCGGCGUUGGCGGCGGCUACGGGGAGAGUGAGUCGAGCGCCAGCGAGGGCGAGUCGCCUGCCUUCAGCUCUGCGUCCAGCGACUCAGACGGCAGCGGUGGCCUCGUGUGGCCGCAGCAGCUAGUGGCGGCCACCGCGGCCUCCGGGCCAGGGGGUGGUGCAGGUGGAGGGGCGCCCGCGGGCCCCGCCAAAGUCUUUGUGAAGAUCAAGGCAUCCCACGCGCUGAAAAAAAAGAUACUGCGUUUCCGCUCGGGUUCUCUCAAGGUCAUGACUACCGUGUGAGUUUGGAGAUUUGCGUGGCUCCCCCUUCAUGGCCUCUGCCCUCCACACUGCCAAUCACUGACCCUUCCACACCUACCUUCCAAAGACCGCCGUUUUCUCUACUUCCAAAGACCCUCCUCGCUUCCUCCGUCCGUAGUAGUCUUGGUGAAAAGACUCUCCCUCUAUCACAGAGAGGGAUGGGGAAGGAACACUGAACUAGUCCAGCUUCUGGCUCUGAAGCCCUUGGGCAAGGAAGUUCCCCUUCUCUGGGCCUCACUUUCCUCAUCUGUACAAUGGGUGUCCAUGUAUGCAAAAGAGGACAUUCAGUUGGAAUUUCCCCAUUUUAGUUUAGAAGCUUAGUCUGUUUGUUCCCCUUCACUUCUCUCACUGAGCCCUCUCAUUCCUACUUUCCAUGCCCAGAUAUUGGCCCCCUCUCAUUCACAAAGUGCCCCCUCCACGUCCCUGGAUCCUUAGGAUCUCCCCUUGGCACCCUGAUCAGAGACCCUGUGUCUGACUCAGGUGGUGCCUGCAGAGUGCCCUAGAAAGGGGAGGAGCACUGAUUUGGGGGUUUUGAGGGUCAAGUAGGAGUUGGCAACACCUAGAAAGAAGGGCUCUUUCACCUCCAUCCCUGGACAAUUACGGAGGAUUGGAAGGUAGAAGAGGGGAAGGAAGAUGGUUUCUAUCAUGUGCCCCUCCCCGUGAAUAGUGGCGGAAGCCAGAUGACCCUCAGCUGUUCCAAUCCAAUAUAUAUUUUUCUUUUAAAAAAUUACUGUAUUUAUUAUGAUGAUGGUGACUCCCCGGUGCACAGGGGGGCCAGAUUCUGUGUUUCUCUAACCUCUUUGUAAAUAAAUGCACAAUGUUACAUA